AUGUCUCCUCCGACAUGCGGUGACUACACAAUCGCGUGGAUAUGCGCCUUGCCAGUAGAGGUAGCGGCGGCAAAGGCUAUUCUAGAUGAGAUUCACCAAUCCUUGCUUCAACCGUCUACUGAUCCAAAUGCUUACAUAUAUGGAACCAUAUCUGCUUCUACUUCCAUAUCUCAUCUUGCUUCGACCUUUCGAGCGAUCCAGUUCGUACUGAUGGUGGGGAUUGGAGGCGGUGUGCCAAGCAGAACCGAUGACAUUCAGUUGGGUGAUGUGGUGAUUAGCAAAUCAACCGGGAAGUAUAGUGGAGUGAUUCAAUACGAUCAUGGAAAGACUGUACAAGGCGGAUGCUUUGAACAAACCGGCAUGCUAAACCAUCCGCCACAAAGUCUUUUGACACGUAUUGCUCACCUCCAAGCUGAUCAGAUGGCGAAAAAAGAUAAUGGCAUUUUAACCAUCAUUCAGGAUGUCAUAAAACGAAAUCCUGAUAUGAAUGAAAGUUUUAUACCACCAGGUCAAGACACAGAUUCUCUCUUUCGAUCGUCAUAUCAACAUAUUGAUAAUGAUAAAGAAAAUAAAUGUGUCAAGUGUGAUAAACAGCAGUUAGUCCACCGACAUCCACGUAAUAGCAGGACACCUCAUAUCCACUAUGGAUUGAUCGCAUCUGGAGACCAGAUGAUGGAAGACUCUGAAACACGGGACCGUCUCACACAACAGUUAGGCAUUCUCUAUUUUAAAAUGGAAGCGGUGGGCCUCAUGAAUCAGCUUCCAACUCUCGUCAUCCGAGGAAUCUCCAACUAUUGCAAUUCCCAUAAACAUAAAGACUGGCAGAGAUAUGUGGCCUUGACAGUAGCUGUCUAUACAAAAUUGUUAUUAUCACUUGUACCUGUUCGUGAUACAAAUCUCGGCCUGCCAUCGAGCAAUAAAGUUGAAAUAGAAAAAUUAAAACAAUUAAUUACCAUGCAAGAUAGGCCUAGAAGGGUCGCAAUCACAGGUUUAGAAGAGGUCAGGAAGACCCAGAUGGAUCAAUAUAAGGAAAGCUCAAUUUUCUGGAUUCCAUGUACAAGUCAUGCAAUGAUCGAGCAAGCCUACUUGAAUAUCACGCAAACACUAGCCCUUCAUGACAUAAAACCAGCAGAGAGCGAACAAGGAUAUAUCUUGUUUACUACACAGAACCGAAAACUUGCUAUGAACCUUAUACCAUUUGAUAUUGUUCUAAUUCCAGAUGUAGAUUAA